AUGUCGAAAUCCAUAACGCACAGUCUGUCGCCUCUUGAUUGGCUGAUGCCACGAUCCUAUAUUAACCAUAUCAUUUGCUUCGCGUCCUCGAGCUCAUCCGCACCGCAGGUUUUUCGUCAAGGUCUGGCGGACACUUUGAGGGAUAUUCCGUAUCUUGCCAGCGAGAUCGCCGAUCAGGAAUAUCCCAAAGGAUCGAUCGCGCUCAGCGAGAGUGACGCCUCUGUCGGUGACCUUUUCCGUGUCAGGGAUCUUUCUGCAGCCGCCGAUUACAAUGAUCUCCGCGCACACAAUUUCUCCCCCUCGAGUCUCAAAGGCUUGGACUUUUCCCUUGAGGACCUUGUCUCCAGCGGUCGACGGCCUAUAUUCCGGGCCGUGUUGCUGCUUAUGAAUGGCGGUUCCGUGCUUUCUGUUAGCGUGCACCACUCGACGACCGACAUCACUGGUUUCGGGGCAUUGCUCAAGAUUUGGGCUUCACAUUGCAGCUCACACUCAUCUCAGCCUAUUGGCUUUUCUGCUGACUGGUUAGACCGCAGGGCGCUGCUCCCGAGCAACUACGUGACGCCAGAUGCUGCGCAGAUCAACCUGCCAACUCUUUUGCACAGAGUGAUUGCCGAUGAUGUCGAGAAAUCCGGAGGGCAUGAUGAUCCUGACCAUCUCGACACCUUGAUCUUCAAGCUUUCGGGCGAUGCGCUUCAGAGUUUAAAAGGCGAAGUGAUCAAACAUCUUGACACCGAUGUGGUACCUUGGGUCUCGACCAGCGAUGUCUUGUACGGCAUUCUUUGGGCCGCCGUGACUUAUGCAGAGGACCAAGCAGAUCCAGCACAGCGAGAUAUCUCGGGCCGAGAAACAGUGCGACAAAUGCGCUUCCCUGUUAAUGUCCGCAGCCGAUUAAGACCGCCUCUGCCAAAAGACUACAUUGGCUCCGCGUUUGUUGUGGCUCUGGCGACUGUUGACAAUACUGAUCUCAUUGACAUUGCCACGAAAGACGCCGAGGCAUCCAUCGCAGCUUUGGCACGGGUAGCGGCGGCCAUUCGCAAAUCUAUUUUAACAAUCGAUAAUGAAGCCAUGGAAGAGAUCGUUGGAUUUCUAGCAGCACAACACGACUUGGCCGGUCUCAAGCUCGGACAGCAAGCGGCGGACGUUUCGAUCGUCUCAUGGGCUGAUGAGAAUGUCUAUGAGCUAGACUGGGGCAAAGAAAUUGGCCGAUGUACCCUGUCAUCUUGCCCCGUUGCUUGA